UUCGUCAAGACCCUCACGGGUAAGACCAUCACCCUCGAGGUCGAGUCCUCGGACACCAUCGACAAUGUCAAGUCCAAGAUCCAGGACAAGGAGGGCAUUCCCCCCGACCAACAGCGUCUGAUCUUCGCUGGCAAGCAGCUUGAGGAUGGCCGCACUCUUUCGGACUACAACAUCCAGAAGGAGUCCACCCUCCACCUGGUCCUCCGUCUCCGUGGUGGUAUCAUUGAGCCCUCGCUCAAGGCCCUU